AUGUUUGGCUUCAUUUGGAAAAUGUUUCUUUGCCUUCCGGUUUUGGGAGUGAUUAAAGGCGAUCUUCAAAUAGCUCCAGCAGAAGGACAGGCUAAAGGUGGUUCACCAACCCCUCAGCUCCGUGGCUGGCAGUUGGCAAACCCUCCUCUGCUUCCUGGGUUGGAAAAGCUCGCUGGCAUUGUGGAUGCUGAGCAGGUCAACAAGCACGUGCUGUUACGGAGGAAGCGGUCCAUUCUGUUUCCCAGUGGAGUUAAGAUCUGCCCCGAUGAAUCUAUUGAGCAGGCUAUUGCCAACCAUCUGAAAUAUUUCAGGCUCAGAGUGUGUCAGGAAACAGUCUGGGAAGUCUUCAAGACAUUCUGGGAUAGACUGCCAGAGCGUGAAGAAUACCACACCUGGAUGAACCUGUGUGAGGAAGGAACGAUGAGUAUCUUUGAAAUGGGCACAAACUUCAGUCAGUCUGAGGAGCACCGGAGUCUGAUUGUGAAGAAACUGUCCUAUACGAAGGAAGCAAUGGGCAGCUCCUGCACUGAUUGGUCAUGUGGUGGGACUCCAACUCCAGCUUCAGAUGCUGAUGUUACCACAUUGAGAGAUGCAGCUGCCAAUGUUCCCCCACCUCAUGAGAUAUCUGUUGAGAGUCCUGUGGGCGUUACUAUUCAUGAGAUCGAAGAUGCAGACAUUACUAUCAAUAAUGAGAUAAAGAAGCAGGAUGAGAAGAUAGCGAGAGCUGCAGCUGAGCAGAUGAUUGAGUUCAGCAUUUUGAUUGUUGGUGAAAAGUACAGUGAGGAGCUGAGCGACCCAGCCACCGUGAAGCGUCAGCUGCUCUCUGAACAAUUCAUUUCUCAGAUGGAAAGCGUAUUUGAAGGACUACCUGGAUACAAAAACAUCCAAGUCCUGGAUUACAGCUCUCCUGAGGAGGACAGUGGGGUGGAAGUUCGCUACGCUGUUACAUUUGACGGAAAAGCCAUCAGCAAUGCCACCUGGGACCUGAUUAACCUUCAUUCCAACAAAGUGGAGGACAACUCCUUUAUGGGCAUAGAGGAUAAUCCAACAGUUGUGUACACCAUCAGUGAUUUCCGAGAUUAUAUCGCUGAAAUCCUCCAGAAAAAUGCCUUGCUUGAAAACACUUCCUUGUCUUUAGACCCUAACUCUCUCCAGCUUACUAACGUGAAAGAAAUACUACACCCUACAGCAGAAGACCCAUCCUGGAUUACUGAGCAUCCAGUUGUGCUGGAGCGCCCAGAGUUCGAUGACAGCACCUUUUUAGCUGAACGGCCUUCCGCAGAUGAAUCAACUGUCAGCAAUACCUUGCCCUUUGAUUUCACCAAACCAGAUUCUGCUUCAGAUAGUGAACAGUCCAAUGACAAUGAAAUCCGGCCAGGACCAGAAAAUCUGGACUUUGAGCCCAGUUUGGCACCUGAAGCUCCGCUCUCUUCAGAGGCUGAUGCCACUUCUUUGCCUGAUGGGCUGAAUUUAGAGGAUGGGAAUUGGACUCCUCAUUUGGUCACUGCACCAGCAUUAGGGCAGGAUUCUGUGGACUCUCUGGAAUGGCUUUCAGCCCCCAGUUCUUUAGAUGUGUUUGAAGACACUGGACUAUCUGAAGACCUUCUUUUGCCUUCAAGUCCUCCUCACCUUGUGCCUGAAGAACCUCUAGCUACAGAUGAUUAUGCAGUUCCUCUGCUUUCUGCACCAACAGUGGCCUCUUCAUCAGUCAUAGAAACUGAUAUUAAAGAGACAGUAUCUAGUGAAAAAGAAGAAGAAAUUCAGGAUAGUCCUGCAGGCGAUAACAAUGCAGACAGUAUCAACACAGACUCUGUUUUGCAAGAGUCUGUGGAAGAAAUUCCUUUUCCCUUAGAAGUACACCCUCUGGAAGAUGAAACUGAUGUAUAUCUUGGAGACAGAAUUAUAUAUGAUGAUGGGUCUGGUUCAGCUUUUGAUGGUUCGGGAAAAGAAAUGGAAUCAAGUAUUUGGCCUUGGGAAGAAGCAACACUGGAACCAGUUUUCUAUCCUGGUCCUGAUAGCUGGCUUGAAGAUGACAAUGAGUCUUUGCUAAUCAGAACUGAGGAUAUUCCUGAAGGCAUGAUCUUAGACUAUAUUCUUAACUCUAGGAAUAAAUUAGAUGAUGAUCCUUCCAAAGAUGAGAAUGAAGGUAUGGCCAAUAUAAAAGAUGAUCUCCUUGAUGAGUCUGAAACAUUUGUCUUUCCGGAGACUACAACUCAGCAGGUACCUCUGUUACUUACAGAAGAGCCACCAUCUGUGGAACCAUCUACACAGACAGGAGUAUCAGGCAUGUAUGAUUCUUCCUUUAUUAAACCAUCAUUGGUUUUGGAGCCUUCAGUGGACCAUUCCUCUAUAGACAUGCCAACUAAAGAGGUCCCCGUCUCACCACACAAUACAGGUCUGCCUGUGGAAGACAAUUUCCUCACAUCUACAGAGACUGUCAGUAUGCAGCAACCUGAAGAGUCCAUUGUAGGUCAGAACAUCAUUUCUGAAGCAGUUGAACACCAAAAUGAAGACAGGACAAUGGUAGAACCAUUCACAGUGGGGCAGUCAGAUGUAACUGAAGCUGCUACAAUAGGCCACUUGGACACAAGCUCUUCGGAAACUAUUCUGACUGCAGAUCCUUUCAUGAUAAAGCCUGAUGCUUCUACAGAAGAGCAGCAAACCCUAGAUUCAUCAUUGGCAGGCCAAGACACUACUGGAUCAACAGUGAAGAGACCAACUGAUGUUUGGCCUACUGACAAAGCACUAGAAAACUCAUUAGAUCAGACAGUGCAAUCAGCAAUGCCAACUGCCACUCAAGUUUCAACUGCAGUCCCUUCUGUAAUAGAUCAGACCACUGUUCUAGAGGGCUUUGCUGUGCAGGGUGGUACAGACCAGGACACAGAUGUUUCCAUGAGCUUCAGCACUGUUAUGAACUCUUAUGUAACGGUGAGCGUAACAACGAGCACUGUUGAGCAUCCAUCCCAUCUCCCUCCAGUGGGAUCCACGGCAUCACCAUCUGUCACUACCUCAACAAAGCUGGAAGAUGAAACGACAAGAGUCCUGGAUGUUUCAGUGGAACUGGAUGGUGUGAGCACUGUCCACUUUUCUCCUGAGCUGACUGAGGGAAGGACCAUGACUGAAAGUCAUGUGGAGCUAACAACUCGUGUCCACUCCACAGAGAUGGCCAGUGUGGCUUGGGCCACACAUGAAAAUCGCAAUAGCACUCCUAUCCCGUCACGAGCUCUAGUCGUGUUCUUCAGUCUUCGGGUGACCAACAUGAUGUUUUCAGAGGACCUGUUUAAUAAAAACUCCCCUGAAUACAAAGCGUUAGAGCAGCGAUUCUUGGAGCUGCUGGUGCCCUACCUUCAGUCAAACCUGACGGGCUUCCAGAAUCUGGAAAUCCUAAACUUCAGAAAUGGCAGCAUCGUGGUGAACAGUCGAAUGAAAUUUGCCAAACCUGUGCCUCGGAACGUCACCAAUGCUGUGUACAUGAUCCUGGAAGACUUCUGCAACACUGCAUAUCACACCAUGAACCUGGCCAUCGAUAAAUACUCCCUGGAUGUGGAAUCAGGUGAGCAAGCAGAUCCCUGCAAGUUCCAGGCCUGCAAUGAGUUCUCGGAAUGCCUGGUGAACCGCUGGAGCGGGGAAGCCGAGUGCGUCUGCAACCCCGGCUACCUCAGCAUCGAGGGGCUGCCGUGCAACAGCAUUUGUGACCUGCAGCCAAACUUCUGCCUGAAUGACGGCAAGUGCGACAUAAGCCCUGGGCAAGGGGCCAUCUGCAGGUGUCGUGUGGGAGAGAACUGGUGGUACAGAGGGGAGCACUGUGAAGAAUAUGUGUCUGAGCCUCUGGUUGUGGGUAUUGCAAUUGCUUCUGUGGCAGGAUUCCUUCUUGUGGCAUCUGCUGUCAUUUUCUUCUUGGCCAGGACCCUUCGAGACCAGUACACAAAGAGUGACACCGAGGACUCACAGGGGCAGGGUGACAGCCUCUCAUCCAUUGAGAAUGCAGUUAAAUACAACCCCAUGUAUGAAAGUGAUACGACUGGCUACAGCCAUUAUUACCGGAGAUACCCUCAGCUAACGUCCUACAGUUCUACCAGUGCAGAGACAUCCACAGACUACAGCAGUGAAGAGAUCAGGCACAUUUAUGAAAACAGUGAGCUUACUAAGGAGGAAAUUCAGGACAGAAUUCGAAUUAUAGAGCUCUACGCUAAAGACCGUCAAUUUGCAGAGUUUGUUAGGCAGCAUCAAAUGAAGCUGCUUUAAGAAAAAAAGAAAUCAGUAGAACACAUGUGGGAGAUAAAGACUACCUUGUUGCCAUAGCAACGGGCUCAGAUGUAACUGCAAAGUUACUUAUAGUCUUAACAUUGCAUGGAUGGAUACAGAUGUUUUCUAAAUGAAUGGCUAAAAUGUACAGAUGUCUGUUUAUCUCAAUUACUUCUGGCUUUUCUGUGUAAAGUGACAUUUUUAAGAGGUGAUCAGAAGUGGCAGAGGUUAUGAAAGUUCAUUUUUCUUAAACUCUGAAACAGGGAGUGAAAGUUUGUAUACCAAGGCAAAAAAAAAUAAAUCUCCUCAGGUAAGAGAAGAUACAUGCUCAACCAAAAUAAAAUGCCCAUUUAAAAUCCCUGUCUGGCAUUUACCCCUCACUGGAGGUUACUGUAGCAAUUUCACAGGCAUAAAGCACUAGUGGAAAGAAAAAUUUGAUUAGCACACAAAUGAUUUGUAGGGGAGAAUUAGUGUACUGGAAUGAUGUUAGAAUUUAUUUAAAGCAUUCCCAUUAUAAACACAACCAUACCCUCACUGGAAAAAUUGCUCUUUUGUACAGAUGCCUGAUGUACAUUUUGUCACCUGGCAUUAGCAAAACAGAACUCAGCACUGAGCCUGCAGGCCUCCUAAAGGCUCUCCCCAACAAGAAGUGUCACCACUGCCUGUCAGUGACCACAUACGGCGCCUCAGCAAGAUGGGGCAGUACUUCUGCAGCACAGUACAGGGUUUUUAAAACCAAGGUGGUUGCUUCUCCAGCUGCUCCUGAGAGACACGCAAGCUGGGACGCAAAA